AUGCGUGCUGUGUGCCGGCGCCGCGUCGCGUCCCGCUUCUCCGGCCGGCUCUCCCUCGCGCAUGCGCACUGCGCCGCGCCGCGCCUUCCUUCGCGAAAAACGGCGCGGGCAGGGACGGAAGCGGAAGCGGCGCUGGCGUCAUCGGCGAGGCCCGCGGCGGAGCCGGGCGGCGGCGGGCGGAAGGCGCGGGGGCGGCCGCGGCUGACGGAGUCGGACCGGGCGCGGCGGCGGCUGGAGUCGCGGAAGAAGUACGACGUGCGGCGGGUGUACCUGGGCGAGGCGCACGGGCCCUGGGUUGACCUGCGCCGCCGCAGCGGCUGGAGCGAUGCCAAGCUGGCGGCCUACCUGCUGGGGCUGGAGCGGGGGCAGCGCGCCGGGCGGCGCGGGAACCCGUGGGAGCAGAUCCCUAAAAAGCCCAAACGGAAGAAAAGGCGGCGGCGCAAUGUGAACUGCCUGCGGCACGCGGUGAUCUGGUACGAGGACCACCGGCAGCGCUGCCCCUACGAACCGCGGCUGGCAGAGCUGGACCCCUCGGUGGGGCUCUACACGACGGCCGUCUGGCAGUGCGAGCGCGGGCACCGCUACUUCCAGGACCUCCACUCGCCUCUGCGGCCCCUCAGCGACUCUGACGGGGACAGUGACGAUGCAGCUCCUGGCAGCUCAUCCUCUUCCUCAGGGGGCUGCAGCUCAGGCUCAGAGGCAACGCCGGGGGGGGCCCCGUCGACGCCGGGGGGGGCCCCGUCAGCACCAGGGGGGGUGGCAGUGGCCCGCCUGCAGGGGCCCCCCCUCCUCAUCCUGGCCAGCCCCGGCUACGAUGCGCUGGGAGGGCUGCAGCUGCGUGGCGGGGGACGAGAUGCCCUGCGCGCUGCUGGAGGGGGGGACGCCUUUCCCCCAGCUCCCCUGGACCCCCACCUCCCUAAGACAGAGGAGAACGAGGUGCUGGGGCUGAAGCAGGAGGAGGUACCCCUCCCUGCCGCCGAGCCCCCGCCACAGCCGCCUCCGGAGCCCCCCCGGGAGCCCCCCCCACCCCCCGUGGCUGAGGACGCCGACGGUGGUGACGUGUCGGCCAUCAUCUACGAGAUCCCCAAAGAGCCUGAGAGGCGGCGGCGGAGCAGGCGGGGCCGCGCCCCCCACCCUGACCCCGAGGAGCUCCCAGAGCCGAUCGCCUGCCCCUAUGCGGGCUGCGGGCAGGUCUACGUCGCUCUCAGCAGCUUCCAGAACCACGUCAACCUGGUGCACCGCAAGGGCCGGACCCAGCAGUGCCCCCAGCCUGGCUGCGGGAAGAGGUUUUACCUGGCCAACCACCUGCGCCGGCACAUGGUCAUCCACUCUGGCGUGCGGGAGUUCACUUGCGAGACCUGCGGGAAAUCCUUCAAGCGCAAGAACCACCUGGAGGUGCACAGGCGGACGCACACUGGGGAGACCCCCCUGCAGUGCGAGGUCUGCGGGUACCGCUGCCGCCAGCGUGCCUCCCUGACGUGGCACAUGAGGCGCCACGGGGGGCCAGGGCUGCGCCCCUUCCCCUGCGAGCACUGCGGGAGGCGCUUCGAGCGCCCUGAGGGCCUCAAGUUCCACGCGCUCAAGAGCCACCCCGAGCCCCGCGGCACCUAGGGGGGCCCCCCACCCCCUGGGCUGCUCCGACUGCCCGGGGGCCGCCUCACGGCACACGGAGGUGAGGAAGCACCCCCCGGGGGCCCCGGCCCCUCUGUGGGGCACCCUGAGCUCCACGCGCUCGGUGGAGCCCCUCAUCCCCCCGGGCUCCCUGAGCUGCCCUGGGGACCCACACCCGCCCCCAGCACUGGGGAACCCUGACACCCCCAGGAUCCCCCCCAUUGCCCCGGGCCCCUACUCACCCUUUUAUUUAUUUCCUGACUCUCAGUUGUCAUCCCUCCCUCCCCUGGGAAAACGGGGU